AUGUCACAAGUACAACAGUUUUUAAGCAACAUUGACAAGCAAUUCUCCAAGAUUGGAAUUCUGGAUGAAUUCGAAAGCAAGGCCAAAUUGCCCAGAUCCUACGCAGUACUGGGUGGUGCCUCCCUUUACGGAUUUUUAGUUUUUCUCAACAUUGGAGGAAUUGGCCAACUGCUGUCCAACAUUGCCGGAUUUGUAGUUCCAGGCUAUUACUCCUUGAAGGCUUUGGAGACCACAGGCACCAAAGAUGAUACUGAGCUUCUCACUUACUGGGUGGUCUUUGCAUUCCUCAAUGUGAUCGAAUUUUGGUCGAAGGCCAUCCUUUAUUGGAUUCCUCUUUACUGGUUUGUGAAGACAAUUUUCCUUUUGUGGUUGGUUCUGCCUGCCACCAAGGGCUCGGCCGUCGUUUACAAGAGUGUGAUCCAGCCUUUGGCUCAAAAAUACGUCACCAACAAUAAUGUUUCUGAUGAUUUGCUGAAUAAAGUUAACGAGGCUGCCAAGGCCACAUCAACCGGCUUUGAGAAAUGA